UGCUGCGCCUCAGGAGAACGGGAUGGUCGCCCGCUGAAGCUCUCAGGUCUGUGACUGCUCACCAGUGGCAUGACCCUCCUCCUCAGGUACUGACCACUGCAGGCUGAAACCAUUAGCUCAGUGACUGGAGGACUUCGUGGUUACAGAUCAGGGCGGACGAACCAGGACGUCGCAGUCUCAGACGUGCUGCGUUUGAGCGCCAUGUUCGUGAGACGCGGAGCAGAAGCCGCUCAACAUUGAAGGGAGAGCCGCUGCGCCAGGGCGCGCGUGACGUCAUCCCUCACGGCGCAGGCCGUGUGACUUCAGUCUUGGGUCGGAGGAGGACGAACAAGUGAAGGUGGGGUCGGAGGUCAUGUGGUGUGCUGGAGGAUGUCGCGGCCGGUGUCCCCGCUGCUGCUGCUGCCGCUGCUGCUGCUGCUGCUGCUGACGGGCCACGCUGUGCUGGCGCUCCACAUCUGGCCCUCGCUCCACGUGGCUCUCAGCAACGGCAGCGUCUUCGUGGACUUCAGGAGCCAGUGCAACGGCAGCGGCCUCCGCAGACUGUCUCUGGUCGACAUGGAGACCAACACCAGCGUGCAGACCAGAGCGCUGCCGGGCGGCCGAGCCGUGGGCCGGGUGGAGUUCGACUGCUCCUGCUUCCUGUACGCCGGCACCUUCCGCUUCCUGCUGCAGCAGAGCUGCGCCGGCCUUGAGGACAGCGCCGCCCAGUGGUGGAGCUCAGAACUGCGGGUGCAGUGGCCGACCUUUCACAUCGCUGUGGAGCGAGCAGCCGACCAAUCACAGCCUCUCCAGGUUCGGAUCAGCACCAACCAGCACUUCCAGGCCUGUUCCUCAGUCCUGGGCACGGCUCUGCACAUGGAGGUCAGCUACCUGGAGCGUGGCAGGGUCCAGGCUCGCUCCCGACACCCGGUCCCGCUGGCACGCUCCCACACCGUCCGGCUCUCCUGCGUCUUCCCCUUCACCGACUCGGACUUCAUACGCGUCUCUCUGCGCUCGCCACACUCGCCUCAGGAGGUGAGGAGCUCCGGGCCGCUCCACCCGACCCGACUCUCCUACAAGCUGCUGGUGGAAGACGCCCAACAGUUCAGGAGCGGCUGUGAAGGAGGGAUGAGGGUGAAGCUCAUCCCUCCACCCUGUGCUGGGGUCGGCGGGAAGGUGGUGCUGUACCAAGAGGGCGGCGCGGGAACGGACCAGCCCGCUCCUCUGGCCUCCCACUGGCUGAGCCCGGGGCAGAACCGCACCCAGUUCGACUGCUCCCUCUUCCCCACGGGGCGCAGCAAAUACUGCCUCCGCCUGGUCUUCAACCUGAGCCGCUCUGCGAGUCUGGCUCAGACCUGCGUGGUGGUCCAGAGGAGCGCAGGUAGGAGGGGCCCGGGCUCCCAGAGCUGGGUGGUGCCGCCGCUCACAGCUCCUCCACCUGUCUCUCGCCCUGCAGACUCGUGGGGCCCCUGGCAGCAGUGGAGCGUGUGCAGCGCCACCUGUGGCGAGGGCGUGAGGGAGCGGCUGCGCGAGUGUCUGCUGCCCUCUAGUGCGGCGGGGCUGCAGUGCAGCGGCAUGCUGCGGGAGCAGUCGCUCUGCUCGCUGGAGAGCUGUGCAGCCUUGCCCGCCCCCCCGCCCUCCUCAUCCGCUCCAUCGCUGGGCGCCAACAUGGUGGCGGUGGCCGGGAUCUCGCUGUGCCUCGCCGUGAUUCUGGCCACCGUUGCUGUGACUCUCUGGAGGAAGCUGUGCCGAACCUCGCCGUGCAGCUCCGUCCGCCGGAGCUCCGCGCUGCCCCCUGGAGGACGCAAGCUCUCCGACGAGGCCUCCAUCUGUGGCCGCGGCCUUCCUCCGCCGGGUCCCUUGGACCCGGAGCCACCGUCUCCGUCAGGGCUGAAGAUGCUGCCCACAGUCUUCGGGUAUCGUUUAGCUCAGCAGCAGCUGAAGGAGAUGAAGAAGAUGGGCCUGAAGGAGGCGACGCAGCUGUACCACGUGUCCUCCAGUCCAGUCCAGGACACCCUGGUGGCCACGCCCACCCUCUCCCCCAUCCCCUCCCCAACAGGAUUCUUACUUCCUGCCUGCGCUCCCGACAGCCGCCCCGGCGUCGGCGAGGCCUGCUGCUCUGAGCCGCCGCCGGUUCUUCCACCCAGGACCUCGGCCAGCCGCAGCUCCAUGGACCGCACCGCAGAGUGGGUGGAGAUGGUGGAGAGGAGUGGGCUGCGAGGAGGCGUGGGGCUGGGCAACACGUCCGGCAAGAAUCCCAGUUUCCGCCGGACCUGCAGUUUCAACGAUCCGAAGCCUGGUGUGGAGCGGUUCCGGGAGAGAAGCCUGACGCAGGUGGCUGCCCGCACCCUCCCGGAGGGAAGCAGUUGGACCAGGAGAGGAAGGGAGCCCCGACCCAACUUCACCAUCCCAGAGCAGCAGAGCCCAGAGGCCAGGCCCCGGAGGCAGACCUGGGCGGAGCAUGGCGCCCAGCUCCAACACGCUGGACCCAACAGGAAGGUCCGUCCCGAGCUCAGCCAGGGAAUCUCCGGGAUCGGUGGACCUGUCGCCAGGAACCCGCUGAGCGUGGACCAGGCUGAGCAGAACUGGAGCCGCCGCGGCCCGUCCCCUAUUCAGAGAAACCUUCUGGCUCGCAAGCUGAAAGAGGCUCAGUCGUCGUGCGGCGGGCGGCAGCGGAGCUCCACCUUCAGCGUCAGCUUCCGUCCGACUCCAGAGCUCUGCUCCGGCGCGGGCCGCUCCUCGUACCACCUCAGCGAGGCAGAGCGCCGCGCGCUGGACGUGGAUCUUCCCUCCACGUGACAUGGGGCCACAGAAGGUCAACUGCAGCUGGAAAGGUAGUGAGGGCGGCGACUUCCAAGAAAUAAGUCAAUAAACAGUGCCAUGGUUGGACUGGAGCUGCAACUGACGCUUUACGGACGUCCCUACCGCCAGAGCCCGGUAGGUGGCGCCCUUGGUUAGAAAGUCGUUCAUAGUGAGGCAGCCGUGGGGUGGGGGGUGGGGGGGUGACACGCGCUCGCUAAGGACGUGUUCCCACCAGUGAACAGCCUCGGCUGUGACGUCACUGACGCCAAUGGUUGCGGCGCACAAAGGGUUAAUAAGCAGUUCCGCCUCCAGCCUGCACAUCGCUCUGCGAUUGGCCGCCGUCUCGUUUCCGCUAACGCACCUGUGAUUGGCUGUCUCAUCUGUCACUCGGUGGGAGGCUCACGUGAAAGUUUGUUGACGUUACUGUGAUUGGCGUUUGUGCGUGUGAGCGCGUGCGCCGGGUGUUUGGGAUUGGAAAGCAAGUGAAAGAAAAGGACCUCUGUUACCUGAGGCUGCGUCACUGUGGAGGCUCGACACCAAGUCGGGUCUCCUGGUGAUCUCGGUGUGUCGGUGCAGAACAGAUGGAUUCUGACGAAACAGAACAGUUCCGGCGCGAAACUCCACCGGAGAGGCUCCCGUCCAUAGUUGCCAGAAGCAAGUGACACCACGUGGAUGUUCGGUAUUUCACGGCUGAAUCGACAACGUUUUCACUGCGACUCACCGGUGUCGUCAACACCGAGCGUCGCUGCACUUGGCCUUUCUGAUAUCCGCAUUAGAUUUGCAUCACACCAAAAUAAACACCUGCGAACACUCGCACUUAUUUCCGGCCGAAGGCGCGUGCUUGAGGCUCAAAAGCCCCCCAGGCGUCCGUGUGUCGAUGUUUACAGGGUCCUGACAGAUCUGGCGUCUGCCUCAAAGCGGACGCUCUUACUUUGACAGUCCUCACUUCCGGUCCCAGGAAAACCUUUCUUUUUCUUUGUGCCUGGGUCCUUUUCAUUUUUGUGGUUCAACGUAGAAGCUUUUUCUAAUUGUUAAUUCUGAUGAUGAUGAGACAUUGACCAAAGUGAAGCGACACCAGCAAAAGACCUUCACUUGAGAAACGCUCCGAAAACGUUGGAUUCUCUUUAAUGGGACGAUAUAAAUGUGAGCAGGUUAAACUGGAGCAGAACAUGCGACAGCAGGAGCCCGAGGUCGGUCGGCCUCCGGCGGCCCCUGUGGAGGGUCUACUCGGCUCCUCCUCCACUGCCUGCCGUGUCCAGGAACAGCAGGGGGCGCACCUUCAUGCUGGUGUGUCUGAGGGAGUACCAGAGGCCCCGCCAGGUGCCCCACACCACGCCGUCGUCCGACGGACCCUGGUAGCGGCCUCGGCGGUGGAAGCGGCCGUUGAGGUUGGCCUGGUGGCACCUGAGGAGCAGGGGCCCGGGUGAGAGCGGGUCCCCCCCCCCGCAGCUGAGGAGCACCCACCUGUUGAACCACCAGCCCGACUUGCUCUCCUCCGCGCAGCUGCCGCGCAGGUAGCGGUCGUUGUCCUGGCACAGGGAAAGGUGGCGUCAGAGAGGCGCCGUGUGGGCGGAGCUCUGGGGUCACCCACCUGAUCCCUGGUGCUGAACUGCAUCCCGCCGAGACACGCCGACCACUGCUCCACCAUCCCUCCGCCUCCCGUCAGAGCGUCCCCGGCCGUGCCGCUGUAGGUCCCGUACCGGAGCCGGAACUUGUCCUGCAGAGCCGCGAGCGAGACGACAGGAUGAUGCCGUCGGUCACACGGCAGGUGGUGCGGCGCCUUACAGCCUCAUCUGUGAUCCUGAAGUUCUCGUAGAAGGCGUGGCGUCUCUUCCCCUCCCAGUCCAUCAGCUCGAUCUUCACCAGGUUUCUCCCUGCAAGCCGACAAAUGAGGUCCGCUCCCCUGCGGAGACCAGCCUCCUGACCCACCGACCUUCGGCCAGCAGAGAGAAGAUGUUCUCAUUUCCCAGCCAGAACUCGUCGUUCCACAGCUUGAAGUCCCCGAAUCCGUCUCUGUAGUCGGCCCAGUCCCUGGAAGCGCAGCAGUGGGAUGAGCUGCAGCCCGGGAGCUGCUGCGCUGCGUGCUCCACCUGUUGAAGUCCACUCGCCCGUGCCGCCGCCUCUGGAACACCGUCCAGCCCCCGCCGUCCUCCAUGUCGCAGUAGACCAGGACCGGCUCCCGCCGCGCGGCGGGCCUGACGCGGUAGAAGCCGCUGGGCGGCCGCAGUCGCUCGUAGACCUGGGAGCAGUCUGACAGGAGGUUUGGCUGCAGCAGCCAGAGCGGCGUGUGAGAGCAGCUACCUUGGUCAUGCACCAGCAGGCCUCCAGCAGGGGGCAGCUGCGUCGCUCCGCUGCUGUUGCUCCUCCCCUCCGUCUGUGGGUCAGGGUUCGGGCGGAUGGGCCGGAAGUACUUGUGCGUCCGCAGGUGCUCCACCUGCCAGGUGGCCACCAGCAGCUGGUACUGCAGCUUCUUCACGCUGAGCCGCAGCUGGGCCACCUGCGCGUGG